UAGAUACACACAACAGAGGAAGACAGAUUCUGGAAAGCUCCCUCCUUCUAGGGUUUCUCCUCGUAAAUUUCACAUCCUUUUUGAAUUUUAUAUUAAACCCAGCUACAGAUCUUGUCCCUUUUUUAUUUUUCCACGAUAAUUCCUUUUUUCUCAUCUUUUUCCCUUUUUUUUUUAUUUUUUUUAUUUUUCUUGGGGGGUUUGGAUUUGGGUUUUCUUUUUCUGGUGUGUUUGGGAUAGCUGCAUAUUGAUAGUAUUUAUCCUGGGUUCCUGCUUAAGUGGUUAUUGAAGGUUGAAGAACAGACACGUGGUUUAUCAUCAAAAUAGCUUCUUUCCGUGGUUGAUAAAUAGUUUGGUUAGAAUUGUGUAAAGUUUGGAGUAGUUUUGAUUUGGUUAGGAAAGUUGAUUAGUGAAACAUGGGCUACGUUUGUGAUUUUUGUGGAGAUCAAAGGUCCGUGGUAUAUUGCCGGUCCGAUGCUGCAUGCUUAUGUUUAUCAUGUGAUAGAAAUGUCCAUUCUGCUAAUGCACUGUCAAGGCGCCAUUCAAGAGCACUGUUAUGUGACAGAUGCAAUUCCCAGCCUGCAUCAGUUAGGUGUUUUGAAGAGAGGACCUCUCUUUGUCAGAAUUGUGAUUGGUUGGACCAUGGUACCUCUACUUCAGCUGCAACACACAAGAGGCAAGCAAUUAGUUGUUACUCUGGCUGCCCUUCAUCUGCAGAGCUUUCUUCAAUUUGGCCUUUUUUCUUAGAAUCUCCUUCUGUGGGUGAAUCUACUUGUGAGCUAGAAUUAGGUCAGAUGAGAAUCACAGAGAACAUGGAGAAGUCCUCUUGGGGCCCUGCAGAAAAACUUAUCCAAAAUAUGUCCGGUGUUGUUGAUGUAUCAAAUGAACGCAAUGCAGAUAAGUCAAGUGGUUCAGUUGGGCCUUCUUCAAUCUCUGAACUCAGAUCUGCACCACCAGGUCUGGAUCAGCCGGCAGGAUCAGCAGAUGCAUCUUUGCCUAAGUUAUACUGUCCUGGGGCAAAGGGUCCUGGGGUUUGUGAAGAUGAUCUCUAUGAUGACUUCAACAUGGAUGAAAUGGAUUUGAGCUUUGACAACUAUGAAGAACUUUUUGGGGUAACCCUCAAUCACUCACAAGAGCUCUUUGAGAAUGGUGGAAUAGAUAGCCUAUUCAGGGCAAAGGACAUGUCUGCUGCAGAUUCAAAUGGUCAGGGUGCUGUUGCUGCUGAGGGAUCGGCUGGACUGGUGACUGCUACCCAACCUGCAUGCAGCAAUGCAGCAUCUGCAGAUUCCAUGAUGAGCGCUAAAACCGAUUCAAUCCUUUGCUUUACAACAAAGCCAGCUCAUUCAACCCUCUCAUUUUCUGGCCUUACUGGUGAAAGUAGUGGUGGAGAUUAUCAAGAUUGUGGGGCUUCAUCAAUGCUUCUCAUGGGAGAGCCUCCUUGGUGUCCGCCAUGCCCUGAGAGUACUUCUGCUGCUUCAGUGACCCGAAGUAAUGCUGUUUUACGUUACAAGGAAAAGAAGAAGACACGGAAGUUUGAGAAGAGAGUAAGGUAUGCCUCUCGCAAAGCAAGGGCAGAUGUUAGGAAGCGUGUGAAGGGGCGCUUUGUGAAAGCUGGUGAUGCUUAUGAUUACGAUCCAUUGAGCAAAACCAGAAGCUUCUGAGAGUACAUUAUUUAUAAACUAUUCUUGGGAAAAGGAAAGAAACACAAGAUGGUAGUUGAAAACACUUGUUUACUUUAGGAAGCUGAUGCAUUCUUUUCUGCAAAAUGACAAGCUGCAUGAUUGCAUCACAGGGCAUGUGGAGGGAAAAAGAAUGCCCCAAGAAUAAAUUUCAGAGGCCUGGUCUCUACCAUGAAAGAGAUCCAUCAGGAUGUCCUUUGCAUGAUCGUGAAAUUGCCAUUGCCUGUGUAGGGUUUACUAUUUCCUGCCAUAUAUCUGGCAAGUUCACUUGUUCGGAUUUUCACCAAUCCUGCACCAAUAAUUGGGCUGUGUUCAUUAUGUCAACAUUACCUUCUAUCUUAUUCUUAUACUCCACACUUUUAUAAAAGCAGCUGCCAUGGCAUGUUAGGAAUCUAAAUGCUGCCAGGUUGCUGGCAAAAUGAGUGCUGUCUUUUUUGCCCUUUCUCAGAAAUGAGACAUGUAUAGCAUAGGAUCUUCUAUAUGUGCAGUUGGGAAGAGGUCUUGCCUGUCCGAAUAACAGCUGAGAAGUAGACAAAGCAUGGAGCUUGCAGGCAGUCAUUUCUUUCCUUAUGAUGAACAUGUACAGCAUAAAAAUUGUAGGACUAUGGGUUGAAUUUGCAUCAGUGUUUUUUUUUUUUUUUUGAAUAAUACUGAAAGAAUUUG